AUGGAAUGUCUGCAAGCUGGGAGACAACGCGUUGUGUAUUUAAUUACAUAUAGUCGAGCGGAUGUUGUUAAGUUUCCUUCUAAAGAAAGUUUUUCCAAUGCUGUAUUACAAGCUUGGCAGAAUUUUGGCGUUAGAGUUGUACAGUGGGUAACGUGUAUUGAGGCUCAUCACAACACAGAUAAUGCCGAAACUGGGCAGGAGAUGAAUCUAUACCAUUAUCAUAUGGCUAUCAAACUGGAAAAGAGGGUCCGGUGGUUUCAAGUACGAAAGUAUUUAGACGAGAACUUCGGGAUAAAGGUGAAUUUCAGCGAUAAUCACACCACCUACUACAGCGCGUACCGUUACGUCACGAAAGAAGACAAGGACGCUUUGCACUCGCCUUGCCAUCCAGAUUUAACGGACGUUCCUCCUCAAACCGAAUCUGCUGUGGCCACGAAAAAGAGGAAAGCGAAGGCUAAGCAACAGCGCCGUAAGUCUAAGAAAAGAGGAGGUGAUCGCCUGAGCACUUUUGACGUGUGUCAGCUGGUGCAAGCCAAAUCCAUAAGUUCACGCUUAGAGCUGGUGUCUUUAGCGGCGGCUCAAGUUAGAGAAGGGAAAACCGCGUUGGCCGAAUUUAUUGCCAACCGGGGAAGUAAAGCGGUCGAUGAAGCCAUUCAGUUAGCGAAGGAAUUUGCCGAGGCCGAAACACGUUUAAAUCGGUCUAAAAAAACUCGCAUUGAACUGCUAGAAGAGGAGCUGACCGGGGAGUGCAUUGAGGGUUGUGAAGGGAGAUGGCUUAGAGCUGCGGAAGAGUUACUCCAGCGCCACGAGAUCGAAAAGCGUUCAUUUUGCAAUGCAAUUUACAGUGCACUGGAAAAAGGUAGAGGGAAGUAUCGCAAUGUUUAUAUACAUGGUCCUGCAAAUUGCGGGAAAUCGUUUAUUGUAUCGCCACUAAAAGUUAUUUACCAGGCUUUCUCGAAUCCCGCCACGGGUUCAUUUGCCUGGAUAGGUGCUGAAGAGGCCGAGAUUAUAUAUCUUAAUGAUUUUCGGUGGCAUCCUAAGAUCAUCGCCUGGGCCGAUUUUCUGCAAGCUCUAGAAGGGGAUACAGUUCACUUACCGGCGCCCAAAAAUUUAUGUAGCAAAGAUAUUGAGCUAUCAAAAGAUACCCCGUUUUUUGCGACCUCGGAUGCCCCGUUGGUGCUAGUGAAACGGGGUGCGAUCGACCGCGUGAAUACAGAAAUGAUGAGCUGCCGAUGGGUUUUUUUUCAUUUCUGGAAGCAAAUACCACAUGCAGAACAGGAGGAUAUUCCCCGUGUAGAUUUUGCUUCGCAAAAUUUAUUU